AUGUCAAGUGUGGACAGACCAAUAUUGCCAGAUGAAUCUAAUACUACGGCUGAGAUGAAAAACCUGAUUAAAGGACAGAUACCGGCUGAAUAUCAACUGAAUUAUGAGAAAAUGUUUUCUGAACAAGUGACAACUAUAUACGAGAAUCUGAUUUUAGAAUUGAAGAGAAUGAUGAAAGCUGGAACAUUAAGAAAAGUUGAUAGAAGGUUGCAUGCCAAUACUCGUCUUGCUGAGUUAAAGUCAUUACUUCAAGACGUGUUAGAUCUGAUGGCUGAACAGCAGGCGAACAAUAAUAAUAAAUAUUAUGAAACAGAUGAAACAAAUGAGAUGAAUGAAUUUAUUAAUUAUGAUUAUUUCGAUGCAGAAGAUAAUAUUAAUGAUAAAGAUUAA